AUGUCUGCACAAGCAGCAGCAACCCGCCUCCGCCGCACCUUCCAAUACCCCUCCGAAUCCGACGAUGAAGACGCCGUAGAAGCGGGCAUGGAUGAGCAAGACCAAGCCGACCUCCUCACCAAUCUUACAACCCACGACACGCGCACAACCUCUACCUACACACAUCUUUUGCUCGUUCUCCCAUUUCUUCCAAUCGCGCUGUACAUACCACUGCUAUUUCGGUUCUCCACCCUUCCCGCCACCGCCCUCGCAAUACUCUCCUUCCUCGCAUCCGCAUACAUCCUCUACUUCCUCCCACUCCCACCCCUCCGCAUCUCCGUUUCGCAUGUGCUCGACCUCCAGUCAUCCAAGCCACAGUCCCGAUCAAACCCAACCGAGACGAAAGCACAGACACGGUCUAUGCCAUAUAUCUCUGACUCGACGGCGGAGUUGGUAGCACAGUGGAUUGUUGUAGCAAAUGGGAGUUUGUGCGCGGUACUGGCAAUCGCAGAAGUACUACAGGACCGGCCGUGGGGCGAGGGAAUGACGGUGGGGGGUGGGUAUCUGCCCGGAUUGGUAUUGGCGGUGGUGCUGUUUGCACGGAGGGAGUUGAGGGCUGUGGAUAUGACUGAGUUGGAGAGGUUAAUGUAUUCGAGCAAGAACACGUGA